UUCAUUGUGGGUGUUUGGAGGACAGGCUCUUGACUUGUCUAAAGUAUCGACAACGGUGACUAACGAAGAGCAAUUAAAUUUGGAUUAAAAGGAAAGGUGGACGCGUAUUUCGUACACUUAGUAAAAACUUCGUCAUGUUCGUGUUGAAACUUUCCAAGCGUCAACCAAGACUUGGCAUAUAACGGUGAAACAUUACAAAUUAGCAAUGGAUUGCUAUAAAUGAAGGAUUAUCAAUGUCUAAUACUUGUUGUGUUAGCUAUUCUUUCUCUGUAUCAAUAAAUACAUGGAGAACUCUUAGUAACGUCCAACUCGGAACAAACUACUUUCAAUUUCUGUGACUUUUUAUCACCAAUCGUCUCAAAACAUCGAUAAGAAUGACUGGGAUUUACUCCGUAGGUCUAUUAGCAGUUUUAUUCGUAAGUUUGGUGGAUGGUGAAAUCGCAAGGAAUAGGAAUGAUCAAAACAUUGGGAAGUAUAUUGUCGGCACACCACUUGUUUUUGCCUUGAAUACAAGUUAUAAAAUAUAUGAUGGAUUUAGCUCGCGCGUCUUGGAUAGGAAAGAUUGGCAUUCAGGAGAGCCAAGAGACGAUGUCGAUGGUGAUGACGAGAGUCAACAUCGCAGAAAGAGAUCGACGUCGUUUUCUGCAGACGAGAUCCAAGGAAUCCUGGACAGGCAUAAUCUUCUUAGAGGACAGGUUUCACCUGAAGCCUCCAAUAUGGAAUUCAUGAUAUGGGAUGACGACUUAGCCUCGAUGGCCCAGGAUUGGUCUGAUGAGUGUCUGUGGGAGCAUGGUAACCCUACAAACAUCUCACCAUUCUCAUCAGUGGGCCAGAAUCUAUGGCUUGGAACGGGAUCGCAGCCCGAUGGUGUUGGGCCAACUCAGGCUUGGUACGACGAGGACCAGUACUACGACUAUGAUGACCACAGCUGCUCUGAUGUCUGUGGCCAUUACACACAGGUUGUAUGGGCUUCUACAUACGCUGUUGGAUGUGGACGAACCUUUUGCUCUUCAGUUUCCAACGGCUGGUCGAACGCAUACAUCGUCACCUGUAAUUAUGGACCAGCUGGUAACUACAACGGUGUGCGUCCCUAUUUAUCUGGCAGCAGCUGUACACAAUGCGAUUCAGGCAUUGGAGAAUGUUAUGAAAAUAAAUGUAGAUUGUGUUCUGAGCACAACGAAGCCUGUGAUUGCCAAGCUGUAUGCCAGAACUGCGGAACAUUGAACAAUGAUUGUACGUGUACAUGUCAAGACGGGCAUUACGGUAGCGACUGUUCAACUGUUUGUGAGGACACACAUGAAUACUGCGGCGGUAAUCCUGGCUGGCCUCUCUCCUGGUGUACCGAGGACAGGUCGUACGUGCUCACUAAUUGUCCUCUCUUCUGCGGAUUGUGUAAUGAAGCCGACCCAAGUCAGACUUGUGAUAGUUCCACAUCCACUUCGUCUCCGGUCGCGACAUCGACCUCGGGCGGUGGAGGCGAUGUAACAACCCCUGUCAUGACCACGACCGAGUCAACCACGACCGAACAAACAUGUGAUACCACGUGUCAGAAUGGCGGCAGUGUUGACGAGACAUCGUGUGAAUGCAACUGUCCAAGUGACUACCAAGGAGAACAGUGUGAACAACAAAAAGCCCAGGUUCGGUUUGGCGUAGUAGUACUGGUUUAUACGAGCAUAAAUAGAUGGCCUGAUCUUGAAGAUAUUCUCCUGCGAAUAAUUGGAGAAAUCGUGACGUCGUGGUGCAAUGACAAUUUUGAUAUCUGCUGCUCAAACCAGGGAACACUUUCAGAGUCAUCCGCAACUCUGAGCUACGUCGAUGAAACCCAUGUGACUAUUGCUGACGGGUUUCCCAGGGAAGAAACAGGGCUUUCCUUCGAUGCUUUUCGGGUCAUGCUAUUGGUGACACCACCAGAGAUAACAGAACUUUGCUCAGCAGGAUCUGAUUCUAACUCUGCAACCAGGAGAAGAAGAUGGAUUGAUCAAGGCAAUGGGAUUUCGAAGAGAAACGUUGACACAUCAGAAAACUACCUUGAUCAGGACGCGCUGUACCAGGCCGUCAGUGAGAACAUUGACACUCUGGAAGACGAACUCAACGUCACGGUCGGUGAGGUGGUCAAAGGCGAAGUCGAACCUGAUCCAGGAAACGGUGGAGGACUGGCAGCCUGGGCUAUUGCUCUCAUCGUCGUGCUCGUCCUUCUGGUUGUCGUCGCCGUACUCGGGGUUGCUGUAUACAUGACGAUGAUAGGCAAAAAGAACCAAUCUGUGUCUCCUGACAAGAAGGCUAACAAGGACAAGAAAGAUGAAGAAACUGGAGGUGCUAAAGCAGCCGACCCCAUCAAUGCCUCCAAAGACAUCAACCAAAGAGAGUCAUAUGAAGAUAAACAUCCUCCACAAAAGAACAGAGGAGGACAAGGCUUGAGUAAUACAUCAUCCAGAGGGAAACCUAUAAAGCUCACUCCAAUGAAGUCGAAAUCCAGCGAAAAGGCUCCUGAAAUCAAGAAAAAUAACUCCCUUCCCCCUGUGAAACGUUCACAGGCACCACCAAAAAAGAAGGGGAAGAAGAAAUGAUUUGAUAUGUUUGCUUUGGUCCUCUCUUCCUCUUCAUUCGAGGUAUCCCUCUGAAGUCACUAACUCUCUCCAUUAUUCCCACUUUCCCAUGUUCCCUCCCCUCUCUUAUAUGUCCCCACUUCAUGUCCCCACACCUUACCCCUCAUUAUCUAGGUAUAUUCACCCCCGUCUUCCCCCCUCUUCUUCCAAUACAACCUUAUACUUUCAUUCUCCACCACUGUAUUUUCAAUAUAUUAGCUCUCAACAUAUCUCACUCUCUCACAUUUCUUGAAUACACAUCCCCUCUUUCUACUUUCCUCGCUUUCUCUUACUAUUUUCCCCAUGCACUCACUCUCUCUCUUUAAAAACCAGUCCAUCUAUUUAAUAUUGCAUUUAUUCAUCUUUGCAGAGGCAGUAAGUGCGAACUUCUUGUAAAUAGACCACUUAAAAUGAAUUAUUUCUGUCAUGUAAAUAUUUCAACCAAAUACUUUAAAGGGUUUCACAAAGUGCAGAAAUAAAAGGCGAAAUGAGGCUU